CACCAGGCCCACAGCAUGACAGCACCACCACCAUGCUUGUUCAGGAGUUUUGUUGCUUUCUGUCUCCAUAAACUGAAAAUCAUUAGAUCAGAACAAAAUGUCUCCAUAACGCUCCUCUUCCUCUUCUUGUCUCAACCAUUUUAUUUCCAAUCCUGGUUUCAAACGCAGAACCCCCCUCCUCCUCGCUCGCCCCCUCCCCCUCGCUCGCCCCCUCCCUCUCUCCGAUGCAUUGCCGCCUUAACCCUUCUCUCCAUCCUCCCCCACACCGCCUCUCUCUGUCAGUACGAGGAAGCAGCGGAGGACGAGGAGGACGAGGAGCUGAUGCAGGAGAGCGCCAAGCGUUCCCGGCGCAGCGGCAUCCUCCGUCGCCCCGGAGACCGCUGGAUGCUGCGCGGCCCCCUGGAGUACGUCCCCCCCGCCAGCGUGGAGGUCCUCCUGAAGCAGCGCGCCAUCCCAUUGGAUGAGAACGAGGGCAUCUACGUCCGGGACAUCAAGACUGGAAAGGUGCGUGCAGUGAUCGGACACACCUACAUGCUGAACCAGGACGAGGAGCUGUGGGAGAAGGAACUUCCUGCCAACGUGGAGGCGCUGCUGGCGACCCGCCGCGACCCGCUGGCCGACCGCUCCAGUCACCGCGGCGGCGAGGAUGGUCGGCCGAGGGACAAGACGCGCGUGGUGACCUUCAGGGUCCCCCACAACGCCGCCGUGCAGGUCUACGACUACCGGGAGAAGAAGGCCAGGGUGGUGUUCGGACCCGAGUUGGUGAUGCUGGGGCCGGACGAGCAGUUCACCAUUCUGUCGCUGUCCGGGGACAAACCCAAACGGGCCAACGUCAUCAAGGCCAUCUGCCUGCUGCUGGGGCCCGACUUCUGCACCGACAUCAUCAUCAUAGAAACGGCCGACCACGCCCGUCUGCAGCUGCAGCUGGCCUACAACUGGCACUUUGACGUGAAGAUCCCAGCAGAACCGGCCGCUGCUGCGGCGCUGUUCUCCGUCCCGGACUUCGUGGGCGACGCCUGUAAAGCCAUCGCCUCUAAAAUCCGAGGCGCCGUCGCCUCGGUCCAGUUUGACGACUUCCACAAGAACUCGAACCGGAUCAUCUGCUCGGCCGUGUUCGGCUUCGAUGAGAAGCUGGCUGUGCGUCCCAACCUGCGCUUCGCCCAGAACAACCUGGUGAUCAGCAGUGUGGACAUCCAGUCUGUGGAGCCCGUGGACCAGAGGACCAGAGACGCCCUGCAGAAGAGCGUCCAGCUGGCCAUUGAGAUCACCACCAACUCCCAGGAGGCGGCGGCCCGACACGAGGCGGAGCGCCUGGAGCAGGAGGCCAGGGGCAAGCUGGAGAGGCAGAAGAUCACCGACCAGGCCGAGGCCGAGCGGGCCCGCAAGGAGCUGCUGGAGCUGGAGGCGCUGAGCGCCUCGGUGGAGAGCACCGGAGCGGCCAAAGCCGAGGCCCAGUCCCAGGCCGAGGCGGCGCGGAUCCGGGGUGAGGCCGCCGUCAACGAGGCCAAACUGAAAGCCGAAGCCCAGCGCAUCGAGGCGGAGGCGGAGCUCCAGCGGCUGUCUAAGGCGCGGGAACAGGAACUGGGCUACAAGAAGGAGCUGGACCGUCUGGAGGUGGAGAAGCAGGAGCGUCUGGCUCAGCUGGACAGUCAGCGCUUCAGGCAGAUGAUGGAGAGUCUGGGCAGCGACACGCUGAAGGAGAUCGCCCGGGCCGGGCCAGAACUGCAGGUGAAGAUGCUGCAGUCUCUGGGUCUGAAGUCCACUCUGAUCACUGACGGCUCGUCGCCCAUCAACCUGUUCACCACCGCUAACGGCCUGCUGGGGGCGCUGCCCGGACCGGGCCCGGCCCAGUGAGCUCAGAUACCGUCCGCUCGGACCAUUAGUGACGUGAUUGGACCAACCGCCUUCUUCUUCCUGAGGAAACCCAACAGAACCGUUAGUGGGCCUGCUGCUGCUGAACCGGGGCUCCUGCUCCUGUUCUGGUUCUGCUGCAUCAGAACCAGAACUAGCCGGGUUCUGAUGAUGUUCUGCCUUACAGCCAGCUGUCACUGCUCCGAAGGAAUAAAAAACUGACAUGUUUCAACUGGA